CAUUUUCCACGAGCCCUCAAAAGGGCCCCUCAUCCCGUCGCUUUCUUUUAAUUGCUCUCCUUUCUCCCGCCUUGCCUUACCGACAGUUUUCACCCGGUGCCCUGCUUCACGCCCUUCCAUUUUGCGCCUUUUGUGGUAUUCAGCGCUCGCCAGGUACUGCAGCAGACUGACGCUUAUUCCCAUUUCCCCCACUAGUAGUUCAAUACACAUACAUCUUCUCUCAUCGUGUUUCUCUUGGGCCUUGCCCCCUUUUAUCUGCUUGCUAAACACUGACAUCCGGAGCUCUUUUCCCUGGAGCAAUUUCGAAAACAAAAAGAAAACGACGCCCGUCAUGUCUGCAACGGUCCAAACUCGCCGCGGCGAGCGACCCCAGCUGGCUGAAACCAUGCGCAGCAAUUCCUAUCUCAACGACCACCACCAGUACCGAAAGCCGCAGAUUCUGGAGCCGCAUCCUGGCAUCGACGCGGUUGUGGAAAACGAGUCACUGGGACGUUUGUCCCCGAAACCUGUGCUCGCCUUCCGCGGUGUCCCCUCAGAAGAGCACCCUUCAACGGUCGUGGAAAGUGGCGUCAGCCACAGCUAUUCGCAUCCGUAUUGCUCUCCUGUAGCAGGAUCCAAAUCGGAUCGCCUCAUUGCAACGCUCAUCUACAAUGGUGGAAAAUAUGCAGCUACCAGGGCGAGCGGCUCUGCAUCGCCCCCGGCCAGCGCCGAGGUGCUUCCUGCUAAUCUAGCACCGACACAAAAUAUCGAUUCGUUCCCUCUCGAGCCACCAACCCAGGAAUCAGAGCAGCAGCUCGAUCAUUUAUAUGGCUCAUACGUUUCACCGCUUUGCGUUACUUCAUUCCUUCAUCUCAUGUCCUCGUUUCCUCUUCCUCCUAAUUCCGAAGAACCGCACUCCUCGCAUCGAUGCCUGGACAACCAGGAGAACCCUCGCGUUGUCGAACUGACACUCUCGCCAGCACCAUCGCCAGACUUCCUUAGCCUCGCUGAGCUCCGAAAACACGAAAUGAUAUACAGAUUCGAGCGCGAGUGGAAUGUGGAUGUUAUUCUCCAACACGACGUUCUCUGGAGAAGGCAUCCUCGCCUGGUAGUCUUUGACAUGGAUAGCACCCUGAUUACCCAAGAAGUCAUCGACUUGCUGGCCGAGGAACUCGAAGGAGAUGCUGAAAUUAGCACCAAGGUGGCGGAAAUCACACAUCGCGCCAUGAUGGGAGAGCUGGAAUUCGAGGCCUCGUUUCGACAGCGAUUGGCCCUCCUCAAAGAUCUCCCCGAAGACAUCUUUACAAAGCUGCGCAGCACUCUUGAGGUGACAAAUGGCGUGCCACAGCUCCUCAAGGCUUUCAAGCGUCUUGGAAUUAAGACAGCUGUUCUAUCUGGUGGUUUCCAGCCGCUUACCAGCUGGCUUGCCGGCCAGCUAGGCCUUGACUAUGCCUAUGCUAACGAGGUUGUCAUCGAAGAUGGCAAACUUACGGGCGAGGCAAGAGGUAUAAUUGUUGGAAAGGAGCGAAAGCGUGAUCUUUUGCUUGAAAUUGCAAAGAAGGAGAACAUUGACUUGUCGCAAGCAGUUGCCGUCGGUGACGGAGCCAACGAUCUUUUCAUGCUCAACACUGCUAGCUUGGGUGUUGCGUGGAACGCGAAGCCCCGCGUGCAAAUGGAAGCUGGUGCGAGAUUGAACGGUGACAGUCUGUUGGACUUGCUCUACUUGUUUGGAUUCACGCGCGAGGAGGUUGACAUGUUGACGGAAUAGGCAGGGCAAGGUAUGAUGAAUGCAUUGAUGAGAAUAUCUUUUCGGCGUUGGCACUACUAUUAUUACAAGUGACACUUUAGAGCGUCUACUAGAGCAUCCGACUUUUACACUACUAGCCGGUGCAUUUUAACGACAAGACAUAAACCCUACACAGGGCAAAAUCGUUCUCAACGACGACUUGGCGUCUCAAGACAAUAAUCACGGCCUCUUAGCUUUUGAACAAAUAGGUUUU